AAUUUUUUCCUCCCUUCUUCCUGCCAACCGCCGAGAAGCCAAUAAUUGCGGGAUCGCAAGGGGGGGGGAGGCGGCAGCAGCGGCGGCGCUGCCCGUGCCUCCCAUCCGCCUUCUGUGCAGGAAGCGGGAACAGGUGUGAGCGAGGCAACCCCGACAGACAGCUCAGCAAGGCGGACCUCUUAAGCCAACGGCCACAGAGUGGGGGGCAGAGCAAGAACACACGGCUGCUGUUUCUCUUUGCCCUGUGGUGAUCGAGGAAAUAAAGAAUUGAUUUCUUGAUUUGGUAACAUGGCAAAAGAUGCUGGCCUAAUUGAAGCUAAUGGAGAGUUAAAGGUUUUUAUAGACCAAAAUCUUAGUCCAGGGAAAGGUGUUGUUUCAUUAGUAGCUGUUCAUCCUUCAACAGUAAACACACUUGGAAAACAGCUCCUGCCGAAGACAUUUGGACAGUCUAAUGUCAACAUUGCACAGCAAGUGGUGAUUGGUACACCUCAAAGACCAUCAGCCCCCAAUACUAUUUUGGUAGGAAGUCCACAUACACCCAAUACACACUUUGUAUCACAAAACCAGACUGCAGAUUCUUCGCCUUGGUCUGCAGGGAAGCGAAAUAAAAAGGGAGAGAAGAAUGGCAAGGGUUUGCGGCACUUCUCUAUGAAGGUUUGUGAGAAGGUUCAGAGGAAAGGAACUACCUCAUAUAAUGAGGUAGCAGAUGAAUUAGUGGCAGAAUUCAGUACAGCAGAUGCUCACAUCUCACCAAAUGAAUCGCAGGCUUAUGAUCAGAAAAAUAUUAGACGCCGUGUCUAUGAUGCCUUAAAUGUUCUUAUGGCCAUGAACAUUAUUUCCAAGGAGAAGAAAGAAAUCAAAUGGAUUGGCCUACCUACUAAUUCAGCUCAGGAGUGUCAAAAUUUAGAGGUGGAAAGACAGAGAAGACUUGAAAGAAUAAAGCAAAAACAGUCACAGUUACAAGAACUAAUUCUUCAGCAAAUUGCCUUCAAAAACCUUGUUCAGCGAAAUCGUCAAGCAGAACAGCAAGCAAACAGACCACCAGCUUCUAAUUCUGUCAUUCACUUGCCAUUUAUCAUUGUGAACACCAGCAAGAAGACUGUGAUUGACUGCAGUAUUUCUAAUGACAAGUUUGAGUAUCUAUUUAAUUUUGACAAUGCAUUUGAAAUACACGAUGAUAUAGAAGUGUUGAAGCGUAUGGGAAUGGCCUUUGGGUUGGAAUCUGGUAGUUGUUCAGCAGAGGACUUAAAAAGUGCAAGGAGCUUAGUUCCUAAAGCUCUCGAACCAUAUGUGACAGAAAUGGCUCAGGGAUCAAUCAGCAGUGUGUAUGUCUCAUCCACAUCAGGUUCAGCUUCAAAUGGGACAAGAUUUUCAAACAGUGACUACUCAAACGGAGGGGAUGGGAUGUUGGCCACAAGUUCCAAUGGAUCUCAGUACAGCGGCUCCAGAGUAGAGACACCAGUGUCUUAUGUUGGGGAUGAUGAUGAUGAUGACGAUGACGACUUCAAUGAAAAUGAUGAUGAUGACUGAAACUUUUUUCAUGUAGACUUUUUUAAAAUGUUAAAAUUCAGCAGGCUUCAGGAAUAAAUUCUAGGAAGAGAAUUGUCUAUCCCAUCAAGGAGAUACUGGUAAGCAUCUUGAAUUUAGAAAUUGCACCUCCAAUAAAGUAACAGAAUUGUUUGUUUUUUAUGUAGAUUUUUUUACAUGUUGGUGAGGAUGUGUGUGUUGAUACCAGUGUGUUAAUGCAGAACUUUUAUUUACUCUUGCUUAGGAUUUUAACUUGAAGGAAAAUGCAUUUUGCCCCUAAGUGUUGUUGCUGAGUUUGAAAAUGUAGUCACCUCUAAUGGAAAAUAAAAUCUGUCCACCUGUCAAAAAUGCAUACACGGAAUGGCAUUUUCUUUAGAUUGCUUUAGGUGAUAUUUCCUACGGAAGCAUAGCAAACAAGUGUUAUAUUUUGCUGAUCAUGCCGAGUCCAAAGAAACAAACAAAAGAGCCUCUUUUUAAAUGUUAGUUUGCGGACAUUGUGUGAUUUUAUUUCCCUUUCUUAAAAUUUUCCUGAUCAUUGUAAUCCCAUCAAAUUUAUGUAUUGUGUUUGCUGAAUGUUAGGACUUAACGAAUUUCAAUUUUGGGCAAAUGUUUACUGCCACGCUGGCGCAGCUGUGUAAAUGUCUUGAAGGUUUGGAAUGAAUUUUGCUUGUGAUGAAAAUUUGCCUGAUUUCUUACAGGCAGAUUUUGAAAACAAUUUGUUAUAUAGUUGUUUACAUACCUAUAAGUCUAUCAUAUAAAAGACAUGUACUGAAACAAAUGUUUAUAUUUGUUUCUUAAACAUCUUCCAAUAAUCUAUUAUAAAGCUGAAAUUAAAUAUAGAGAAUGUUUUAUGUUUAACUCAAAAAUUUGUCAAUCACUUUUAAUACUUCAUUUUUUUAUAAAAGAAAUUUCAGGGCAGGUAGUAGUCUUUUUAAAUUUAUUCACAAAGAAUUAACUGCACAAAUACUGUCAGCUGCCUGUUCUAAGACAGUAGUCUUUUUAUUGAAACACAAAUAAACUUUUCUGUAAUAUUUUAUGGAAUAUAA